CCGCCAUCUUGGGGAGGUCUGGGGAGCGGGAGAAUUGUGUGAGGGGAGAGGCGGCCGCGCCAUCCUGGGGAGAUCGGCCCGGUCUGGGCUCGGGGGAGACGGCCACGGUUUGUCCCGGCUCGGAAGGAUCGGGAUUGGGAUCGGGACACAGCCCUGCGCCUGCGGCAGCGGACACACCGCCUCCCGCCAUCCCUUCCGGGUCAGGCGGUGACCCGCGCCCCCUGACCCCGCCGCUUCCUUUCCGCGGCAGCCGCCGGAGCAGACGGGCAGAAAUGGCACCUCGUAAGGGCAAGGAGAAGAAGGAAGAGCAGGUCAUCAGCUUGGGACCACAGGUUGCUGAAGGAGAGAAUGUGUUUGGCGUUUGCCACAUCUUUGCCUCCUUCAAUGACACUUUCGUCCACGUGACUGAUCUGUCUGGCAAGGAAACCAUCUGCCGUGUGACCGGUGGGAUGAAGGUGAAGGCUGACAGAGACGAGUCCUCUCCCUACGCAGCCAUGCUGGCAGCCCAGGACGUUGCCCAGAGGUGCAAGGAGCUGGGCAUCACCGCCCUGCACAUCAAGCUGCGUGCGACUGGGGGCAACAGGACCAAGACUCCUGGACCUGGUGCCCAGUCAGCCCUGAGAGCUCUGGCUCGCUCUGGAAUGAAGAUUGGCCGCAUUGAGGAUGUCACCCCCAUCCCCUCCGACAGCACUCGCAGGAAGGGUGGUCGCCGUGGACGUCGUCUGUAACCAGCACAGCACCUUCUGUUAUUAAAGCUCUCUUAAACCUC